AUGGGGCUGGACAACUACUUAUCCGUGCCCUACCGAUUCAUUGUGACAGUUAUUCCUGGACAUAUGCGCGCGCGCGGCUCCCCCCCCACCACCACCACCACACACACGCGCGCGCCGGCACGCCUCAGCCCCUCGUCCCUCCGCUUCGGGCUCGCCGAGGGGUCGGUACCGGCUCGGGGACCGCAACACCGAGGCCGGGAUCGNCGGGCGCGUUUCGUGGGCAAGAACGGUGCCUGCAACGUGGCCCAUAAAAACAUCCGGGAGCAGGGACGCUUCCUCCAGGAUGUCUUCACUACCCUGGUGGACCUCAAGUGGCCCCACACGCUGCUCAUCUUCACCAUGUCCUUCCUCUGCAGCUGGCUGCUCUUUGGCAUGGUCUGGUGGCUCAUUGCCUUCGCCCACGGAGACCUGGACCACAGCACCCGGCUGCAGCGCAGCCCCGAAGAGGGGUCGGCGGGAGCCCCAGACAGCUUUGUGCCCUGCGUGACCAGCAUCCACUCCUUCACCUCUGCCUUCCUCUUCUCUAUUGAGGUGCAGGUGACGAUUGGCUUCGGGGGACGCAUGGUGACGGAGGAGUGCCCGGCCGCAAUACUGGUGCUGAUCGUGCAGAACAUCGUGGGGCUGGUGAUCAAUGCCAUCAUGCUGGGCUGCAUCUUCAUGAAGACCUCGCAGGCCCACCGCCGGGCUGAGACCCUCAUCUUCAGCAAGCAUGCAGUCAUUGCCCUGCGGGAGGGAAAGCUCUGCUUCAUGCUGCGGGUGGGUGACCUCCGGAAAAGCAUGAUCAUCAGCGCCACCAUCCGCAUGCAGGUGGUGAAGAAGACCGCCAGCCUGGAGGGGGAGGUGGUACCCCUCAACCAGAUUGACAUCCAGAUGGAAAACCCUGUGGGGGGCAACAGCAUCUUCCUUGUCUCCCCACUCAUCAUCUACCAUGUGAUAGACAAGAACAGCCCCCUCUACGACAUCUCCCCCUUGAACCUUCACCACCAUGAGGACCUGGAGAUCAUCGUCAUCUUGGAAGGGGUGGUGGAGACCACCGGCAUCACCACUCAAGCCAGAACCUCCUACCUGGCGGAUGAAAUCCUCUGGGGCCAAAGGUUUGUGCCCAUCGUGGCAGAGGAAGAUGGGCGAUACUCUGUGGACUACUCUAAAUUUGGCAACACGGUGAAAGUGCCCACCCCUUCCUGCACUGCUAGGCAGCUGGAGGAAGACAAGAGCAUUAUGGACACCAUGCCAUUGUCCCCUAAAGGCACAAUAAGGAAGAGGUCUGUCAAGCUAAAGCCCAAGUUUACCAUAAACGAUGAGCCUUCCUGA